UCUCAAAUCCAAGCAGCCUCAGAACCACGCACCCGAUCUUUGCUUCCUGCCACAUUCGACAACAGGGCAUUCCGUUACGAUUCGUGACCAGAUCUCCAAGUCUACUUCCGUCUUUCCGCGAAGAAAAAAAAAGAAAAAAAAGAAAAACCGCCGUAUAAUUCAACAUGAAGCUCGUGUAUCUCGUUUCUGUCUUCAGUGCCAUGGUGGCAACGGCAAUGGCAGCCCCGGUUCCAGACACAGAUGCGCUGGCGCUGAGCGAGAAGCAGGCGAGCGGAGCAAUGAUGCUGGCCAGGAACGAUACGCCUACCACCGGGAUCUCGAAGAAAGUCGAGGAAGCGCAGCAACAGCAGCAACAACAGGGGCAACAACAAAGGCAGCAACAAGGGCAGGGUCGGAAUUAGAUGGGAGGCUGGGGAAGAGGGUUGUUGAGUCGGGGAGGGAAAGCAUAUUCAAUUAAAUGAUUGCAGGACAGUGGAAGUAUGCCGGUGUGUUCGAUUAGGGCUGCAUGAGUGGAAGGGAGGAUGUGGUUCCGAGGCGGGGAUUUGGGUGACUAUGAUGGAUGGUCGAUGGCUUGCAUUGCUCGGAGAGUGAUCUUGUUUCCUUUGUUGGAUGUUUUUGGGAUCGAAGGACUACCGGAUUUGAUAAUGGGAGGCAGCGCUGUGAUGUGUUACUUGCGUCGCUUGUGCACGUUAUCUUAUUUGGAGACUGAUGGUUUUCAAACAGAGUUGCAUUGUGUGAGACACUGAUACUUGAUUAAGGACUGUUUGUAUUUUGUUGCUGUUGUUUGACUGUGUUGUCAGUGUCAGUGAGGUGUGCCUGAUGCUCUACGUAUCGAUCAGCAGUGAAUGGGCUGUAGUUGGGAAG